AUGGCGAGCCAACCAGCGCACCCCUCGACAGCAGGCGCCGAAGGAAUCCCCCCUCCCAGCCAACGGCCCCUGAACCGACGAGCUGUCAAAACUCUCGACGAUCUUGCCGAGGAAGAGUUCUCCGACGUUCCCAGGGAGCCCGACGGCUCCAUAUCGGCAGAGCACUUUCUGGAAGUGUGGAGAGCGCGCGAGGAGGACACGAGGAGGCGCGCGGCGGCUCUGACCGAGGCCCAGCUCCUGCAACUUGGCGUCGAACCCGAUAUAGCUGAGGUGCGCCGCUCCAUCAACGAGCCCGCGCCGCCGCCGCUCAAGAAGAUCUGCCGCGGCCAGGAUGCGCAGGCCUACACCAAGUUCUACGACGAGGAUGAAGAGGGCGAGGACGACGUCGACGUGGACGAGAUCGUAGAGCGGGCCGCCGCCGGCCAGCACACGGGCCUGUCGAGGCUCGAGACCCUCAUGCACGCCUUGAUCAUGGACGACGCGCCCCGGAAGCGGGAGCGCCGCGUCGCCUUCGACCUCAUCAGCUCCAUGGGCUCCAACACGAUCCUCCUCGUCGAGAUGUGCAAGCACCUGAACCCGGCCGACAUCGUCAACGUCUACGCCAUCAGCAAGGUCUGCCACGCCACCAUCGACAGCUACCUCACGGCCAGCAUCGCCCAGUGGACGAGCCACGCGUGCCCCGAGGCGGCCCGCGUCUUCCCCUGCUCCCUCUACCCCAGCAUGUCGGUCCCGGACCCCAUGGGCCGCGUCGUCGUCGAGACCAAGCCCGGCGGCGGCGGCGAGGUCACCAGGACGCGCAUGGCGCCCUCCCUGCGGUGGUACGCCAUGGUCUUCCGCCGCAGCCGGCGCGCGCGCGACAUCCUCGCCUGCCUGGCGCGCAACGGCCACCGCACGCCGCGGGGCGCGCACGGCACCCUCCUCCGGCUCUGGCUCGUGCUCGACUGCGCCACGAGCAACGGGCGGCUCGACCUCUUCCACUGCGACACCCUCUUCUCCGAGGCCGACAUCUACAACGGCCAGCUCUUCCUGACCAAGCUCAACAUGCGCUUCAGCGACCCCGUGUACGGCCCGCGCCAGGAGCUCCUCUCGCGCCUCGUGCUCGCCCAGCGCGGCGGCAUGACCCUGCUCUGGCGCAUGCUGCGCGGCGACACCCUGGCCGGCGUGCGCGAGGGCCGCGUGCCCGAGGCGCUCGACCCGCAGCGCGUCGUGCAGAUGCGCGUGCGGUACGACGUCGAGGUCGACGACGAGUGGUUCCACGAGGCCGAGCUGCCCAUGCUCGGCGUGCCCUUUGACGAGGUCGGCAAGGGCCACACCGAGGGCUGGGGCGCCGGCGAGGCCCACCUGCUGCGCCUGGACGAGCUCCUGCCCGUCGAGGCCGCGCGGCGCGGCCUGCGGCUCGACGACCACCUGUGGUACAUGGCCAUGUGGGGGCACCUCGACUGUCGGACGGGCCUGAACCUCGUCCCCAGCGUCGACGAGAUGUACAUGAGCGACGACGAGCUGCCGCCCGCCGGCAAGGGGCUGCUCGACCGGUGUGGCAACGUGCCCUUUGAGCAGUGGGAGUGGCAGCCUUGGCACUCGUUCAAACGGCGCUGGAACGAGCUCAGCGUCGAGGAGAAGAGGGCCGUGUUUGAAGCGCAGCAGGACGAGCAGCUAGCGCUACAGGCCUGGGAGCACUACUCCGAGUUCGACAGUUCUGAGGAUGACAGCGAGGAAGAUGAGUCUGUGGCAUCGACUGAUGUAGACUUGUCUGGUAUCGGCACCGUGAAUGAUCGUCUCUUCAACCCAAGCAUGGCUUUCCCCUCUCGAAUCUGGCAAACGGAUUCCAAUAACCUGAAACCCGCGUCCAAGAUUCAGCUCAAACCGCGUGAGCAGGCGCUCGUCGACCAGUGUGUUGACGAGAUCACCCGAAGGCUUCAUGUAGAAGAUCAGAGGAUGGCCGAGGUCUCACUGGAGGGGCCGUAUAACGAAAACCUAGACAACAAGGAGGGGUGGGAAGAUGUAUACAGAGAAGUGAAGCAGUCUUAUCAAGAUGACGCUGCUGAUGGUGAGGACGGUGAUGAUGAGGACGACGGGGUGGAGGACGACGACGGCCAUCAAGACAUAGAUGAGGACAUGGAUGAGGAUACUGAGGAAGGCAACGAAGGUGAUGUCGACGUCGAUGACUACGACGACGACGACAGCCUCACCGAAUGGCUUGGAGACGAGCUUCUCGAUGAGCCGAGCUUGCAGCCCAGCGCUGUUUUGGAGAUGGAGAAGAUGGAGAAAUAUGUAUUUUUCAACGACUUCCGACGAUAUUAG